UGUAGCCGAUGCCGGGGCCUCAGUGAGCGAGGGGAGAGGCUGCUGGCGGUACCGGCUCUGGCGAGCGAUUCAGUCCGGAUCCUGAUCCGGUCUCCAUGGCCGUCAGCUCCAGGCUUGGUGUCUUCCUGAAUCUGCGUGCUCUAUCCCGGGCUUACAGCCUGUUGGUGGCCGGAGGCCGGAGUCCCUGCUUCCCGUCAGUGUCGGUGUCAGUGAAGGAGCCGCAGGCCCGGAGUGGGGCCUCGGCCUCGAGUACAGUCAGGGCCGGGCUCCAUCCCCGCUACUCACAUCAGGAGCCGUUUCAACCUGUGCACGAAGACUAUCCCCCACUCCCUGAUUAUGUGCCAGCUCCAGUAGAGAUGGGGACCGAUGUGUUUGUAGUCAGGGCUCGGGGAUUGCCAUGGUCCUGCUCUGCAGAAGAUGUGCUGAGUUUUUUCUCAGAUUGUGGCGUUGUGGAUGGUAUUAAAGGUGUGCACUUCCUGUGCAGCAGAGGUGGCAAGCCAAGUGGAGAAGCAAUUAUUGAACUCCAGUCUGCAGAAGAUGUGAAAAAAGCUCUGGAAAAGCACAAGAAAUACUUGGGGCAGCGUUACAUUGAGGUGUUUGAACUAAACAACAAUGAUGUCAGCGUCCUACUGAAAAGGCUCCACUCCAGUGAAAAUGAAUUGACUGAUGGUCGCGUUGUGCGUCUGAGGGGCCUACCGUUUAGCUGUACCGUGGAGGACAUCACUCAAUUCUUUGCUGGGUUGGAGAUUGUCGAAGAUGGUGUAACCAUAACGAGGGAUCACCGUGGAAGAAACACAGGAGAUGCUUUUGUGCAGUUUGUGUCUCAGGAAGUUGCAGAACAGGCCCUGACAAAAGACCGACAAAUAAUAGGCUCCAGGUACAUUGAAAUAUUUAGGAGCACCAAGAAUGAUCUCCGUUUAUACAUCAGUCCUGCAAAGAGACUGCCUCGAUGUCCCACAGCACGGGAAAUCGUAACAGAUGAUGAAAGCUGUACCAUAGCUAACAAUGAGAGUAAUAAUGGGGUUCUAGAAGAGAGUCUUCAGAAUGUGCAGCUACCUACAAAUGAUUUAGUAUCAAAUCACUGUGUUCAAAGAUCUGAAGUACAUAAUGUACAUAUGAGGGGCCUUCCAUUUCGUGUUAAUGGACAGGACAUUGUAAAGUUCUUCCAGCCGUUGAGGCCAGUCCGGAUUAUUGUGGAAUAUGGUCCUGAUGGAAAAGCUACUGGAGAAGCUGAUGUACAUUUUGCUACGCAUGAUGAUGCUGUUGCUGCCAUGACAAAAGAUAAAUCUCACAUGCAACAUCGCUACAUAGAACUUUACCUGAAUUCGGCAUGUGCUGGGAUUAAUAGCCCAUAUAAUGACCAGGGAAAUCAAGUAAAGGGUUCUGAAGCAAGUUAAGUAGUCAUUCCUUUCAGAAUGUCACUUGCUUUGGAUAUGAAACUUAAGCAAAUUACCCAAACACUAGAAAAACUAAUAAGAGAAAGUGGCACAGGCGCUCACUGCUGCAUCAAAACCAGACACAGCAAUUGUGGUGGACCAACUGACCGAUCAAUCGCAUUGAUAUCAUCACUGGUAAUGAAGGGGGAGUCAGCUCUAUUUUAUUUGCUACCCUGUUGUAGCCUGUAUUCUGGAUUAUGCCUCUUGUAACACGUUUUAAUGUUACAUUACCAGAUAAAAUAAAUGCAGGUAUUUUAACAACUUACAUCCUUAACAUCUUGAGUGCCUGACUGUAUUGUGUGUUUGGCAGAAAUGUAAAAUUAUUAACUUCAGCAUCUAUAUUAUUGUGAACUAACUUUUUAAUGUAUUGAAAUGUUAGUUGAACAGAUUUAAGGGCUUAUUACAGCCUUGAUUUUCCCCUCAUCUGGUUAGAAAAGGAAAAAUGGAUUAGAUGCAAUUCUCUUGUGAAAUAUCUUGCAUUUUGUUUUCAUGAAUGACUGUAAGGUACAAUGCACUGAUGGCAAGAAAUCCCCUGGUGGUGAUGGUUUCGUUUUUCAAAAUCACCUAAUGGACCGAAAAAGGCAUUGCAUUUGUACAUGUAAUAAAAUGUUCAUUGUAUUUGCAAUGACAAACAAAGCACAGAA